AUGCCUCCCAAAUUCACCAAAUCCGCUAGGUAUACCCAAAUUACACAGCUGGCCGAGACAGAGGUUUUAGACCAGUACGAAUGCAUAUUGGAGUCGGGACUUUCGCCUGAUGUUCUUCUAUCGCACAUUCCAGCUAUACUCAAGAAGCUACGAGUCCCCCAAUGCUUUACAAAAGAUAUAUGCCAAUGUAUUCAGUGGUUUUACGAUACGGGGCAUGCUAAUGUUUCUACUGAGAGCCCAAGGUGGGCCAUUGUCGAGCAAUUGCUUCUUCACUUGACCAUCUCCAGCAAGUUGAAUGGAGUGUUGCAAGUUUCUGAUAUUGUCGACAUUGACAAGCUCGUGACGUUUUGUAAUCGUCUUUUGCGUUUUCGUGACCACUAUCGGAUAAUCAGGCAAGCAUGGAGCUUGUUUGUGGAAGCAUCAGGAAACAAGAAUGUGGAUGUUACAACGUUCAGACUUUCCAUGAAAGAUUUGACCAAGGUGAAAUCAUACUUGCAGCUUGACGACAUAAGUGACACGGUUUUGAUAGAUAUGUUAGGGUGUGGUACUUCAACCGUUGAAGGAGACGUGUACAAUUAUACUUUUCAUCAUCAUGGAUUGAGUGUCAAUAUCAAGGACUUUGCAGAGAUUAUGGGACAGUUAGGAGAAUUGGACUAA